UAAUCAGAACUAGCAUUGGUUUUGAACAAAAUGUCAAUGUCAAGCCAAACAGAGUUUUAACUCAUUAAAUAAAAGCUUGCAAUAAUGUUAUAAUUUUAAUAAUGACUUGAAACUUAAAAUUGAAAUAAAAAAUCUGGAAAAAUGUAUAAUAAUGUAUAAUAAAUAAAAAAAAUGUAUAGUAAUCAGUAAGCAAAACAUAAAACAAAAUUAAUUAUUUAUUCCUGAACGUGUUUAACAUUUAUGUUAAAAUAUAAAAGCCUGAAAUUGCAAAAAAGAAAGAAAAAAAGGAAAAACCAAAACAAAACAAACCAAAAACACUUUACCUCUGUCGCUUGACUACUCCUGAACAGAUGGGGGCAGUCUUGCUCCGAAAAGUUCUUCGCCAAGCCAGAACAGGAAAAAGCAGAAGAAGAAGACAUUCCUUUGAAUGAUACCGGGAUCGCUAUCAGCUAACAGCUAGCUACGCGAUGUGCGCCGGAUGCGCAUUAGCGCCUGGACUUUAGCAGAUGAAAUCCCGCGUGUCACCCCUGCCCCAGACAGAGAUCCUUGUGUACUGGGUGCUGUCUUUUGGCUCCCAUCUAUAUUCUUUCUUCCAGCUGCACAAGUUCUCUAAAGAGCAUGAAGCCGGAUUAUCUAGAGAAUUCCAGUUGGAAAAGGGUCUUCUUCAGGGUUUUAAAAGGGACUCAUCAGACUUUGAGUGGAGUUUCUGGAGUGAUUGGGGCAGAAAGUCUUUGCUGUUGACGCUUAUUGGUCACUGUGUAGUAUCCAGAUUGUCUGGCUACUUUUACCCAAAGUUUAAGGUGCUUGCUAUCACACUAUACGGCCUCCUAGCAGCCGUCAGUGUGCUGGGUGUUAAAGGUGUGAGUGUCCUGUUGGUGCAUCUGAGUGUGACCUUUUUGGUGGCCCAGCUGCAAAAACCCGCUAUGUCGUGGAUGUGUAACUUGCUGCUGAUUGCUACGCUUUAUAUUCAGCCAAUUCAAGAAAUCCAGAAAAGCUGGUACAUGACCGAGGAGGAGUACUAUCUGCUGCUCUUUAGCGUUGCUGUGUGCAGCCUGCGUUUCAUCAGUUUCAGCCUGGAGCAGUGCUGGAGCUCAUGCAAUGCACUUGUGCAGCUCUUCUGGUUGCUCGCAUACACCUUCUAUCAUCCCUUUUUCUACAACGGACCUAUCAUGACUUACAAAGCCUUCACAGAGCAGAUGCAGAGAUCUACUGAGGAGAACAACAGGACAACCUUUGCUUUCAGUCACCUGCUGCUCAGAUCAGGAAGAAUCCUUCUGUGGUGGUGUCUGGCAGAAUGCCUGAUUCACUUCAUGUACAUGCACUCCAUCCAGUCUAAUGAAACCUAUAUAGAAAUACUUCCACCCUGGGCGUUGGGUGGUCUGGCCCUGGCCCUCGUCCAGUUUUUCUAUGUAAAGUACCUGGUGCUGUUUGGACUUCCUUGCAUGCUUGCUUCCUUGGAUCAGCUGGUUCCUCCACAGCUUCCUCGUUGUGUCAGCCUCAUGUAUAGCUUCACAGGGAUGUGGAGGCACUUUGAUGAGGGGUUGUAUCGAUGGCUCAUCAGGUACAUCUACGUGCCUUUGGGUGGUUCACGGCGCGGCCCUCUUCACAAACUGCUCUCCACUGGCCUCACAUUUGCAUUCAUUUGCUUCUGGCAUGGCGGUCAUGACUACUUAAAGUACUGGGCCUUGAUGAAUUGGGCCGGAGUAGUGGCGGAAAACGGACUGGCGUCUCUUUUCUCCUUACCCCGCGUUCGCAUCAUGAUGGAGCAGAAAUUCUCUAUGGCGAUACAAAGACGCUGCACUGCUCUUCUGUCUGCCUUCUCAACUGCUCUGCUCAUCCUGUCUAAUCUAGUCUUCCUCGGGGGUACACAUGUUGGCAGAAUCUUCUGGAAACGUGUAUUUGUUCAAGGUUGGUUAACCAUUGCCCCACCAAUGCUGGCGUUCCUCUACUGCUUUGCUCAGGUUGGACUUGAGCAGGAUCGCCUUGGGUCACCUUGACUUAUAAAGCAGAAAAACCUGCCAGCUUCAGCAGCCUGUCCUCACCAGCCAGAGCCCACAGAGCUGAACCUGUUUCAGAUGGACAGAAGGCAUCUGAGCCUGUGUAAACUAGUCCUAAAGAGUACUGUAAUUUUCUUUAGAAUCUCACUUCUUGAACUUUAAUUAAAGUGUAAGGUUAUGUUGAAGGCAAGCUGCUGGAGCAGCCUUGACACCUAGAGUUUUUUUCUCUAAGCUGCAGCAAAUCAUAGUUUUUUUUAAUAAACUGGAGGAAAAUGUGA